GAAGACUUGAAUCAACACUGCCGCAAGGUUACUCUCUUGCACUCCCAGUUCAAAGUUGGUGUGCUGAGCUGGGUUGGUGCACUGUGUCAAGGAGCUUUGUUAUUCUUGUGGUGUUCGACACUAACCACACGACAGGCUGGAGCGCUCAGUACAAAGCCUACCAAUCAAACAGCGAGGGACUCUUUCCAGCCAAUCGGAGCGCGAGUGCUGUAGACUUUUAGACGUUUACAGAAAGGUUACCGACACCACGGCAGUUGAGAUUGAAGCGGUCUGUGUGAUCUUUGAAGUAAAGCUGCGUUCGUCUGAGUAGAUGUUCUGGAGAGAUGUGUUUGUACGAGAGGAAGACUGUAUUCGUGUCGCUGUGGGUCUGGUGCACAGUGGCCCUGGAUGCCGUGGCUGCCUCUGAGAAUAUGUUUGGGGUCGUUGAUGAGAAGGUGGAGAUACCCUGUGAGACCUUGGCCGAUAGAAAGUUCAAUGUGGUGUGGUCUUUCGGAAAACAGGAGAACAUUCAAUCACAGAACAUUAUCAAACAAUUUCACAUUGGAGGUGUGAGAAAAGACUUGAGUGACAUUGCCAAGAGAUCAACUCUGAGUAAUCAGGAAAACUCCCUCAUCAUCAGUCCUGCAAAAGCAGAUGAUGAAGGCUAUUUCAAGUGCGAGCUGUCGUGGGAUACCGGUAGAAAACAGCACAAGUACAGGCUGCGUCUGCUUAAAGUCCGUGCAGACCCAUCCGGCCCUGUCUUCAGCUCUCAGAAUGUGACUCUGACCUGCGAUGUCGGGGACACUUCUGGCUUGACCAUCAAUACCAGCUGGCUCGACCCCAAAGGGAAUCAGGUGACAGAUUCAAGGAAGCAAGAAAAUAAACUGGUGCUUAAUAAGUUAACUGCGAAGAAUUCCGGGGACUGGAAAUUCCGAGUAGAAUACAACAACAAGAUUGUGGAGGCCACAUACAGGAUAGUGGUCAUAGGUUUCGUCGACCCGCAGCCUGUAAUUAGAUACACCCGUCCUCGAGCCAGCGUGCUCCUGCCCUGCCUGAUUGACCAGGUGAUGGGUACAGUGAAGUGGGACCAGGUCAUCAGUGCUGGCCUGCGAGGGGUGGAGUGGAGCUUCAUUCCAGACAUAGCCGAAGAGAGAAAAAUAUUGUCUCUGAACAUGACCGAGACAGGCGUCCUCAAGACGAUCCUGGUGCAGAACUACAGGUUCAGUUCCAGCAUCUCUGAGAGGAACCCCAUGAACUUCUCUUUGCUCAUUUCGGAAGUCAGACCAGCGGACGAGGGGGAGUACCGGUGCCAAGUCCAAUUCCAAGGACAAAAUUUGAUGGCCGUGGUGCAUCUGGAAAUCCUGAAAGUUAUCUCUGAGCCCAAAGGCCCCAUCGUGGAGAGGACGGGAGUCAACUUGUCCUGCGUAGUCCGGAAAGAGGCCACAGGGUUCCGAGUGGAGUGGAGCGCAGCCAGGGGCCCCACACAAGAGGUCCACACCCACGCCGUGGCUGGAGGACUGGCGCUACGAGUGGACAGCUUGACGAAGGAAAAGGCAGGGCCGUGGAAGUGCAGCGUGUUUAUCAAGGAAGACCUGCAGACCAGCCUGGAGUACACGAUCAUUACAGCGAGGCCCCCAGUAGACGUGUGGUUGGUUCUGCUGGUAGGGGGCACUGUGCUGCUCUGCGCUCUCCUGGUCCUGCUUAUCUACUGCUUCGUCAGGAGGCGCCCCGCGAACCCCAUGCACAGAAAACCAAGAAGAGGCCGAACAAAGUAUUGUAAAUGCAAGCAUCCCCAACCAAAAGCGUUCUACCGAGCUUGAAUCCCAGGAGAGCAGGACUUCCCACACUGCGACUAGGAAUUCAGGAUUUCAUUGUUAUUACUGUUAACAAUAUUAACAAGCAGGUCCCCUGCUGACAGCUUUUACCUUGUCCUGUCCAGACUUUAAUUAACUGAUUUCAAUGAUAAUUGCUCUUACUUACAAAAUUCCUUUUACUUAACGAGAGAGAGAGAGAGAGAGAGAGAGAGAGAGAGAGAGAGAGAGAGAGAGAGAGAGAGAGAGAGAGAGAGAGAGAGAGAGAGAGAGAGAGAGACUGUGUAAAUGCGUUACAAACAAUUUCUACUUCACUGUGAGGCAAAUGAUAUAUUAACCAUUUCUUACUGUCUGUCAGACUUUGUGCAGAUGUGCAGCUGUAUCUUAUAAAAUGUAUAUAUUGCUUGUUAUGUGAUGCAUUUUAAUAUAC